AUGAGCCUUGAUGAGCGACGAGCACUGGAAGCUAUGAGAGAUGUCAGCUGUCCCAAUAUCGAGGAUGAUGCGGGAUGGCAGGACGAUGAUUUUGACGAUGUCUUGAACGGCACAGAGCCACUGCCCAUCAGCCACGCUGGAGGCGAGUUCAGCGACCUUGUCAGAGGUGUUUUAGGAGACUGUUGGAACAAAAAGGAUCGUGUACGAUGCGUCGAUAAUUGUAGUCGUCAUGACCGAAUCCUGCACAGGAACCAAGCGUUCGCUGAGCAAAUGCCGGCGAUGACUGACGCGUAUCUUGAAUGGAGCCUGGCCAAAUAUAAGAACGAUACCACCUGUGGACAAUGGACAAUGAGCGUGGUAGAUGUGUUUUGCGCUGAGAAAGUGACGCUCCAAAUACUGACUACCGACCGCACCAUCGCCUCAGCUCUCAUUCGUCAAGGCAUUUUGCCUUGUUCACCUACAUCACCGAUGGUGGGGAUAACGACGGAAGUCCUCGAGUUUUACCAUAUCGUACAUCUUCGAAGUCCUCACCUUUCCAUUCAGGCCUUUGUCAAGUCGCUGUGUGAUUUACAGGGGGCCGAAUUUCAUAGGCACCUAUCACGCCAAUUCUCCAUUGCAUUUGACCUGUACCUCCAGGUACGACGUUGCGUGGCGGCAAUGGUGGCCAAAUCACUUUGCCGUGACUCGCCGGAUUGGCGUCUUAAACAUGUGUGCCCUGCUUGCACGUAUGAGUUAGUGGACGAAGAAGAUCUAACAUUCAAGCUACUAUACGCGAUGGAUGGCAAUGAUUCCUUGAAACGAGUGCUCCGACGGUCUUUAGAUCAUGAUGGCGAGUCUCUAGGUCCAUCCUCUGAACUUCCUACAGGUCAGCAACUCACCAGUGACCGCUACCUACCCCACACAUUUGUCAACCAGUUCGCUUCGGACAUAUCGGACACCACCGCUGUGGAUAAUAUUAUUGUAGAAAACGAGCCUACAGAUAACUCCUGCGCCGGGCGAUGGAAAAACAUGGACGACACCAAGACGAAGAAGGCUUGGGGUAUCUAUGACGAGACUGGUAUAUUUGUGGCCGUCUGUCGCCAUGGGUUUUCUCUCGUCAUCGCAGACAUGGUGCAGAGCGGUGAGCUUGUGAAGUAUCCUCUGGCUGUCGUGUCAAAAUUGAUGGACGUGUUCGGGAAACAAUUGGGUGGUGGAUACGAUAUAGGUUGUCAGUUCAAGACGACACUUGACAACAGUUCCAUUGGACCUCUCGCACGCUCACUGCAACACACUUGUCUCGUUGGUGCCUUCCAUGGGCAUGCGCACAGGCGAUUGUGCCAGCUUUUCUCACUUACUACUUACAUCAAAGGUUUAGGACUCGAGGACCUGGAAACGUGCGAACGGACAUUUUCUAAAUCUAAUUCCCUAGCGUCCACACUACGUUAUGCAAGUGUAUUCCAUCGACAACAGGCCAUUGACGCCUAUUUCGAGCACAACGACAACUUCGAAGUAUACACCAAUCUUUCCGAUUUUUUAUACAGCAACUACAAGCAGGCACUUGCUAUCUUGAAUGAUGGUAAUGCGACCCUUCCAACGCUUAUACGAGAUCUCAAAAUCCCGGAUGAGACUGUUUUCGAGCAAUGGCUGGAGGAAGAGAAGGUAUAUCUACAAAGUCUGACGCGAGAACCUGAGGACGAAACGUUGCAGAUGGAAUAUUGGCAAAAGUUGACGAGUCUUACUGCGAGCAAGGAGGCUCUGGACGCUGCAAUGUCAGCUUUCCAGGGCUCAUCUCACCUGGAGGCUGCCUCGUAUGAUGUGCAGGCAAAAAACACCCAGAAAGCCGAAACUGCGCGACGGCACACCCUGGAGGAUUAUGAGAGGCACAUUAAAGUCGUUCAAGCACUCGAGUGCAAGCUUGAGGUCGAGAAACGCUGGACUCCCGAAGAUCCACAAUGGCAGAAAGUUGGAAGACUCGUUGCAAACCAGAAAUACCAGCGUGCACUGGAUCGCCUCGAAGGAUUAAUUGUGGCACGCAUAUUUGAGCUGACGAAGAUGAAUCGGGCAGGCACAGGCUAUAAACUAAGGAAGCAUAUAGCUAAAGCACUACAGACUCGUUCUGUCGCUAUCCGAUCUGCUCUAAACACGUACAACUCCAUCGCCAGCUCGAUGUACCCCCCACGCCAGACUCUCAAGUGGGAAGAUGUUGUGGAGUACGCAUUUCUCGCAGACUUCGAUCUGCUACAUGACACGCGUGCAGACGUGUCUCGACAUCCUUGGUCAUCACCCGGUGCUCGUAGCGCGAUGGACCUAUACUUCAAAAUGUGUCGGGCACGUGAGGAGAUACAACGCUUGAAUAUCGAGACACGACGCCUAGCGACAUAUAUACAAGAUGAGGACAUUUAUCUGCGGAGGUGCGAAGAUCAAUUGAAGGAUGCAAACCCGGCUCUUGCCCAUCAGGUUGUGUUACAUCGAAAUAUUCGAGGACGAUUCAACUCACAGCAUUUGAACCGGCUCUACAAUAUAUCUAGGCUCAGUGGUUUCAGCGGGAUAAUAACACCAGGUGCCAGCAUUAACACCAGUCUCGGGGACAGCGCCAGCACACCAAACGCGUGGAUCCCAUCAGCGCUACUUACAGAACACAUGCCGUUAGAUAAAGGUGCAUCCGUAGAUUCAGACACCCAAGAUGAUUUGGAUGGCGAGGAAGAGGAAGAGGAAGUAGCAGAGGAAGUAUCAAGGAGUCUUCAAGAUGUCCUACGCAUUGCUGAUGAUUUCUCGCAGCUUGAACUUCAUGGCAAUACUGACGAUGAGAGUUAGUAUAGUCCGAGUCUAGUUUACAUAUGCUAUUGUACUGAUACACGUACGUGAUACUUACUUGAAUGCCAUGCGUCGAAACGCGCCUUCAAUACGUUCACA